GUUUUAUAGGGUGGUUGAUUGGCAUGGCAAUCAAUAUUCAUUCUGAUUAUAUUCUCAGAAAUCUGAGAAAACCAGGGGAAACUGGUUACAAGAUACCAAGAGGAGGAAUGUUUGAGUAUGUAAGUGGAGCCAACUUUUUUGGAGAAAUCCUGGAAUGGUUUGGGUUUGCCCUUGCCUGCUGCACCAUUGAAAGCCUUGCAUUUGCAUUGUGUACACUUUUCAUCUUGGGUUCAAGGGCAAAACAACACCACCAAUGGUACCUUGAGAAAUUUGAAGACUACCCAAAGUGCAGAAAAAUUGUGAUCCCAUUUGUGUACUGA